AUGCUGCGCAAGUGCCGGGCCUCCUGCGCCGAUCGGCAGCCGGCGCUGCCCGCCGCCGACUCGUGGACGAGUACGGAGGAGUGCGCUCAGUGGGCGGGCAGCGGCGAGUGCGAGUCCAACUCGGCCUUCAUGCUCACCAGCUGCGCCCGCAGCUGCGCCAAGGUGGCGAACGCGCACGACUCGUACCAUGCCCGCUGCGCGAUGAACAGCACCUUUGAGCGCGUCCUGCGCGAGUUUGCGCAUCUCGGCCCCGAGCUGAUCUCCGCCGACCCGCCCGUCCUGCUCUUCCACUCGUUCCUGUCGGCCGAGGAGGCGGACGCCUUCAUCGCCCAUGGAAAGGGAAAGUACACCGAGUCGCGGGGCGUUGGCGUCGACUCCGAGGGCCGCAUGACCGACGUGAAGACGGAGAUCCGCACCUCGUCGCACACCUGGUGCCAGGAGGCGGAGUGCCUCGACGACCCGCUCGUCCAGCGCGUCACCGCCCGUGUCAGCGACGUUACGAGAACGCCCCCGGCGAACGGCGAGUUUGCGCAGCUCGUGUACUACAACUCGUGCCCCGAGCCGUCGCACCCGUCGUGCGCCUUCUAUCGCCGGCACUCGGACUUUAUCGCGGGCGACGUGCACCGCAACCAGGGCGUCCGCAUCUACACCGUCUUUAUGUACCUCAACGACGUCGAGGAGGGCGGCGGCACACGCUUCACGGACCUCCCGUCCGGCCAAAUCACCACCGAGGCGCGGCGCGGCAAGGCCAUCUUUUGGCCGUCGGUGCUGGCGGACGCGCCGUACACUGUCGACCCGCGCACGCACCACGAGGCGCUGCCGGUGACGCGGGGCGAGAAAUGGAGCAUGUACAGCGUGGUCGGAGGGGUGUGA